UGACAAGUGUUGGCUACACUAGAUCUAGUAGGCUAGUCUAUUCACGAUAAUAGGGACUAAAUAAAGCCAUACUAAGUGGCUUUGGCAUUUAGAAUUUGAUGUGCUUGUGACUCGGCAUUACACAAACUGAUCGAUUCAUUAGAAAUAAAGCUGCCUGCCUCUGUUUCGUUGUUUGUGUGUGUGUGUGUUUUAUGUGUUCCAUGUACGAGCUCAAGUUUCUGUUGACUUCAGUUUAUUCUAUGGCCUGGAUUUCCUAACAUUGAAUGUAAUACUGAGUAUGAUGUUCCUAUGUGACGUUUCUUUGGUUUAAUGUAUAAGGCCUGCUAGAACAUACCAAGAUAUAUCACAACUAUUUUCAAAGUGAUGAGGAGGAAGAGUUGUCUAUGAUGGAUACUGAUGUGGAUGAGAAAAGCUCACUUCUCAGCGGACAUGAGAGCUACAAUGAGUCUGGUACAAGAAAAGUUUCAGGGGAGAGAAGAAAGGCUGUUAUCUAUGAAGAGGCGCUCCACAUGUGUGGUUUUGGAAAGUUUCAUAUUUUCUUGCUGUUCAUGUGUGGAUGGGCAGUGUCCAGUGAUGCGAUUGAAGUGCUGAGUGUCAGUUUCCUGCUUCCAGCUGCCACCUGUGACCUGUCACUGUCAUCUGAUGAUAAAGGAUGGUUGAAUGCUGUUGUGUUCUUAGGAAUGAUGGUUGGAGGAUAUUUCUGGGGAUCCUUGGCUGACAAAUGGGGAAGAAGAAAUAUUUUGAUUUGGUCAUUAUUAGUCAAUGGAAUCGGCAACUUGGGAUCCAGUGUUUCACAAGUGUUUUGGCUUUUUCUUAUCUGUCGAUUUUUUAGUGGUGUAGGUGUAGGUGGAAGUAUGCCGGUAGUGUUCACAUAUUAUACAGAGUUUCAACACAAAUCCAGGAGGGGUGCAAUGAUCAGCCUUCUAGCCACAUUCUGGAUGACUGGAAAUAUCGUAGCUGCUGGAUUGGCUUGGAUUGUCAUCCCCAGAGAGUACCUAAGUUUUUAUUCGGGUGACUUUAUAUUUAACAGCUGGAGAGUGUUUGUUGCCCUCUGCACAUUGCCUAGCCUUACUGCAGGGGCAAUGUUUGUUUUGAUGCCUGAGAGCCCAAAGUACCUCUUGCAGAAAGGCAAAGAGCAAGAUGCUAUUGCAGUGUUGAAACAAGUACAUUCUGUGAAUAAAAGUUCUAAACCAUUCCAGCUGGAAUUUCUUGUACUCAGUGAAGAAGAUAUAGAAGGCUGUUCAAACCUUAAAAUUUGUGAAUCUGGUUUUUAUCAAAAGCUCAAGUCAACUUCUAGUCAGCUGAUACAGUCCACUCUUCGCUUGUUUGGAUUAUCUCUAAGGAGAACAACCAUCACACUUCUUCUUAUUAACUUUUCAUUAGCCUUUGGGUACUAUGGUCUGUUUCUCUGGUUCCCAGAGUUGUUCAACAGAAUUGAUAAAUAUGGAGGAAGUUUUUGUGAUUCUAAGAGUGGCAAUAGUACAGAUAAUAACACAAUUUGCCAACCUGGCAAUAAUGUUUACAUAGAUAGUUUUCUGACCUCAAUCUCCAACUUACCUGGAAAUAUACUCUCCAUAUUUAUUGUAGAAAGAGUCGGACGUAAACCAUUACUGGCUUCCAGCAUGGUUCUCUCUGGCCUGUCCGUUUUCUUUCUGUGGUUUGUAAAGGAGCGCUGGCAAAGUGUGCUGAUGUCUUGCUUGUUUGGUGCCAUAUCAGUUGUAGGGUUCAACAUGCUAGAUGUCCUCCAGACUGAAUUGUUUCCUACUGAAGUUAGGUCUACCUCGUUUGGUGUCCAGACAGCUGCUCUUCGUGUUGGUGCCAUUCUUGGAAAUGUGAUAUUUGGGCUUUUAGUGGAUACAUACUGUGCUGUGCCCAUGUUUCUUGUGGCUGGACUCCUGGCUUUUGGUGGACUGGCUAGUCUCAUACUGCCCAAAACCACAGGCAUUGAUAUUCAUUAACAACAGGCUCAUUAGCUGAAUAAAGGAGCCAACAUGAAGGAUAUAGAUAACAAUAGGCUCAUUAGCUGAAUAAAGGAACCAGCAUGAAUGCUAUAGAUAUGCACAUUCUUAAAAGGAUGACUACUCUGAUAGAACACUUCUGACAGUGACUGUGUUGUAGGUGUCUGUGAUACUUAGAUGAGGAAGUCUUUUAAUACUCAUCAUCUCCAGAUGUGCAAACAUUUGUACAGUGAAGGUUUAUAUUUAUUGAUUUGUUGGAUUUAUAAAUGUAAAUAAGUAGAAUUUAAGAUCUUAUCAAUUUAAGUAUGUGUUUGUUCAUAUACAGCACAUAUACGUUAGGCAUACUUAUGUGGAGCUAGAGUAAAAUAAAUAAAAAAAAUUUUAGCUUUUAUAUAGCGCUACUUUCAUGCUUAUAACAUGCUCAGAGCGAUAUGGUCCAAUCUCAUUUGUUGACCAGUGGGUGGGAAGGGGUAUUUGGGAGAAGAAUUUCCGUGCUGCCUUUAGGCGCUCAGUAAAUACAACUCUGCUCAAAUCGUGUGUUGAACCUCGAGCCCCUUUAUAGGUAGCCAAGCCAAGUUCAAGCGUAUUUAGCCUCUCGACCACGCUCCUUAAUGCUAGAGACAUGAAUUCAGUACUGAGCUGAGUUGAGCUCCUCCCUUUGACUUGUGUUUCUGAUGUUAAUGUUCUGUUAGCAUCAUUCCCUUAAUGCAGAAUUCAACUUCAGCAUCUAAUAAAACACAGAGCAAUUAUUUUAUGCAUAUGUAUAAAUAAGUUACUUCAUAAGACCUUUAAAACAAAAUUGAGACUGAACAAAGUGCUGGCUGUGUGUGAAGUUCUUUGUAGUUAAAACUUACCCUAAAGUCAUGAAAGGUGAAAAGUAACUUGAAAGCUUAGUUCUUGACUUCCUUGUACUCCUUUGAGAGAUGUGAUGAGGGAAUGCCAGAACACAUUGAAAACAUAUCAUUUCAAAUCUCAAGCGUUCUCUAUUUAUUUCCUUAGGUCAAAGACAGCAAGAGGUUUCUGUAUCAGUUCAUUUCAGAAAUAAUUUAAUUACGAUGUUAUUCUUUUUUUUUUUAAAGUAUGUUUAAAAAAAAAAAUUAUUAACAGGUAUCAAAUACAAAUUAAGCAAAAUGUUUUGAAUAAUAUGUUACAAUUAAUUUAAAUAGAAAUUGAAAGAUAAUUAUACCCCUAAUUGCUAAGAGAAUCUGCUAUUUUAUAGAUUGGCUGUGUCAUAAUGAGGUCAAGCUUAUGAGUGAGGAAAUUUUUUUUUCAGAUUAUGGCUUGUUUUGCAUAAAACAGUACUUUCAUUAGUAAUACAUUAUUUUCCUGUUCCUUGAUUUUUUGUUAUUGUUGAUAUGUUACAAUGUUGAAAAACAUGACAUCAAGUUUAAUGAUAUAAAAAUCCUUUGAUAAUUUGUUUUUAUAACUCAGCUGUUGAAUUUUUUUUAGUAUGAAAUUGGGAAUUUUCAGGAAUUGGAUGAGCUUAAAAAGUUCAUAACUUAAAGAUCAAGAUCUUCUUAUAAAGAUUUAUAAUAAGUAUUUUCAUUUGUGUAUAUAUUUCAGUUAGUAAAACUUCCAAUGAGAAGGGCUUAACAUUAUCUGGGGGAACAAUCCAACUGCUUUUAUCUGAGAGUUGUGAGAAUUGACAGUGAAUGAUAGAAAACAUGGCCUAGCAUGAAUCAAGUUACAAUAUUGUCUGAUGUGAAUAUGUUUGAAAAAUAUAUUAUUUUAACUUGAACAAAUUGUGAUAACUUGUACUGUUGGGGGAUAGUCUUAAACUCAUACAUACUUUAGUAGUACGUAGAGACUCAUGUUGAGGGUCAGUAGUUUGGAACUAGGGUCAUUGCAAGGUUUAAGAUUUAGAAUUUAAUUAGUUGGUUUCUUUUUUUUUUUUUUUUUUGGUAAGGCAUCAUCAUUUUGUACAUAAUUAAAUGCUCCUUUCCUGUUUAUAUUAUGGGAAAAAAAAGGUUAUUUUUCUAUUACGUCAUCUCAUUCUGUAUGUGAUAUUCAAUGACUCUUGUUAUACUGAACUGAAAACAAAUGGGACCACUCGCAGAGAAUGGACUUUCUGUCACUCUGAAUUGUGCCAUAUUUUUUUUUAAAUUAUGUUCUAUGGUCGUAAUGCAUUGAUUAAUUAUCCUACUGCAAUAGAAAAAUAAUUUUACAAAACAAAGUAAUAUUAUUUUUUUUUGUUAAAUAUAUGUCUCUACAUUUUGGUAGAGGUAUUCUAUGUUGAAAUUAUCUGUAGACAAAUGUUUGAAAUAAAAUACUCCAUCUAAA